UCAGUAUACAGUCAGACGUGGUAGUGAGAGGACGUCCCUUGCUCUCCCUGGCUCCUCCCGCCUUUCCCAGCCUUUCCCCGCGCUCUCACUCACUCCCAAGCACUUCCCUUUCUCUCUCAUUACUUCUCUCUCUCUCUCUCUCUCUCUCUUUCUUUCGCUCUCUCAAAACAUUAUAUUUAUCGUCCAAACAUCUUAGGUUCUAUCUCAUUUUUCAUACUUUCAAUUAACUCAAAAUCAUUAUUUCCUCUCCCAAACACUCUCUCUCUCUCUCUCUCUCUAAACUCACCGUGUUUUUAUUUAUUUAUUUAUUGAUUUGUUUAUUUAUUUAUUUAGUGAUGUGAAGUGUUUCCUCCUCCUCCUCCUCCUCCUCCUCCUCCUCCUCCUCCUCCUCCUCCUCGAUGCCUCCCACCAUAAUGAGAUGUAAAGUUCUAAUUGCACUGAUUGUGUGGGCGUGCAUUAGCCUCGUGUUUGUGGUGUGGCCAGCCCCAAGUGCUCCACCAUUUCCCUUGCCAGUCACCAGCCCCCAUCCUCACGCCGCGCAGCACAAACACCAGUUAGCGCAAGGUCUUCCUCUUCAGGCCCCUAAGAGCCCGCGAAGAUGGGAGGUGCGGAGCAAAGGUGACGGUGAAGAUGGCAAUGUAUUUUACAGUGAGAGGCGUGAUUUUAAUGAGAAUGACAAGAUACUGGCCUAUGAUGGUGAAGAGAUGGGCGGACGAAUGAAUGGUGAUGCUGGUGAUGCUAGUGAAAGGAACGGGAAUGAUAAAAAGGGUUAUAUGAAAGGGAAAAUGAUGAAUAGUAAUAAGAAAAGCGAAGAGAAACACAUUAAAGGAGGAAAUAUGGUCAUUAACAAGAGCAGGAACAGAGAGAAGAGCAAGAUGAACCAUAAUGAUAAUAAUAAUGAUGAUGAUGAUAAUUAUGACUUUAUGAGCCUAAUGGUUGACACGGGAGGGCAAUACAAUGUUACACCACCCAAUGCUCGUCUUCUGGUCUACAAUAGGAUUCCAAAAUGUGCUUCAUCGACUAUGCAAACCGUGCUAAGAUGGGAAGGAGCAAAGAGACAGCCAGUGUACAUCAACGUUGUGAGAGAACCUGCCGAACGCUUCAUCUCCUCCUUCUACUAUGUGAGGAGUAAGGAGAGGCUAGCAAGGCUCUCGGCAAAGGGACACCUCAGAGCCAGGCCAUCAAGUUAUUGGCUGAACAGGACAGUGGAGCAGUGUGUGAUGAACCGUGAUGCUGAGUGUUCCUUCCUAAACGGCACCAAGCAGGAGACUGUCAUCACCUACUUCUGCGGUCACCACGAGGCUUGCAAGAUGGUGGGGAGCAGUGAGGCGCUGCAGAGGGCCAAGCAGGUGGUGGCUCAGAGAUACAGUGUGGUGGGGCUGGUGGGUCAUAUGGAGAUGUCCUUGCAACUCAUGGAGACCCUCAUACCGGGGUUCCUCAAAGGGGCACUGGAUUUCUACUACAAUAUCAAGAAGAAGAAGGAGAAAGUCAAUAAAAACUCCCACAAGCCAGCCGUGCCCAGAGAAGUCCAACAGGAGCUCAGGAGAAGGAUGGGACACGAUGUUGACUUCUAUAACUUCCUGCGACAGAGGUUAUUCCUGCAGGCUCAGACAUUCCUCAGCAAGUGAUGGCCUGGUGUAUAGAUGCACUGGGAGCUCCUCUAGUCUUGCAAAUGUGGUGAUGGUGGUGGUGUUGUGAUAUGUUGCAUUGUGAUGAUGUGGUGUGGUGUGGUGUUGAAGUUUAUUUGCUCAGGUUGUGUGCGUGUGUGUGCCUUUUGUUAUCAAGUUAAGAGUUUCUAUGGUUAUUGAUGGCAGUAAGAAUAUAUGUAUAAAUGUUCUAAUCUUUU